CUGACCGACCACUCCAUGUUCGCGCAGGGGUCCCGGAGGCGCCGCUCCGGGCGCACGCCUCCAGAUGGUGAGGACCCGGACCGGGGCCAACCCUGCAACUCUUGCCAGGACCAAUGUCCUGGCUUUCUGCUUCACGGCUGGAGAAAGAUCUGCCAGCACUGCAAAUGCCCAAGAGAGGACCAUGCUGUGCGGGCAGUGCCUGUGGACCUUGAACGAAUCAUGUGUCGCCUCAUCUCCGACUUCCAGCGACACUCGAUCUCUGAUGAUGACUCAGGCUGUGCCUCGGAGGAGUAUGCCUGGGUACCCCCAGGUCUCAAGCCUGAGCAGGUUUAUCAGUUUUUCAGCUGCCUUCCCGAGGACAAGAUCCCUUAUGUCAACAGUCCUGGGGAGAAAUACAGGAUUAAACAGUUGUUGUAUCAGCUGCCCCCAUACGACAGUGAGGCACAGUACUGCACUGCACUGGAAGAGGAGGAGAAGAAAGAGCUCCAGUCCUUUAGCCAGCAACGGAAGCGGGAGAAUCUGGGACGAGGCACAGUGCGCAUCUUCCCAGUGACCAUCACUGGGGCCAUCUGUGAAGAGUGUGGGAAGCAGAUUGCAGGUGGGGAUAUUGCCGUCUUUGCCAGUCGUGCGGGCCUGGGAGCCUGUUGGCACCCACAAUGCUUUGUGUGUUCCACGUGUCGGGAGCUGCUGGUGGACCUCAUUUACUUCUACCAUGCUGGCAAGGUCUACUGUGGACGCCACCAUGCCGAACACCUGCGGCCCCGCUGCCAAGCCUGUGAUGAGAUCAUCUUCUCACCUGAGUGCACUGAGGCCGAGGGUCAGCACUGGCACAUGGGCCACUUCUGCUGCUUCGAUUGUGAAGUGUCACUUGGUGGACAACGCUACGUCAUGCGACAGAGCCGGCCACACUGCUGUACCUGCUAUGAAGCCCGUCAUGCAGAAUACUGUGAUGGCUGUGGGGAGCAUAUUGGCCUGGACCAGGGCCAGAUGGCUUAUGAGGGUCAACACUGGCACGCAUCAGACAGCUGCUUCUGCUGUAGUCGCUGCAGGCUGGCCUUAUUGGGCCGCCCGUUCCUGCCACGCCGUGGGCUGAUCUUCUGCUCUCGCACCUGCAGUCUGGGGUUUGAAACCCCAGUUCCCAGGACCGGGCACCACAGCUGGAGCACAAGCAUGGUUUCUGCACCACUAACAGCCUCCACAGCACCUUUCUCUGCAGUGAAGGGGGCAUCAGAGAUGAUCACCAAUGGCACUAGUAACAAGCCAGCCCCUGAUGCAGGACCGGAGGAGCCCAACUGCUUUCUGAGAGGAGCACCUCACCGCCACUCCAUGCCUGAGCUGGGGCUCCAAAGUGUCCCUAAUCCAACUUUGAGGUCCCCCAGCAGAAAGGAUCCAUGCCCAGAAGCAGGUGCUUUUGGUCGCCAGAGUGCUCCACGGGUCAGCUUCCGUGACCCUCUGGUGUCUGAGGGAGGCUCACGCAGAACCCUGAGUGCUCCUCCAUCCCAGCGCAGGAGGCCCAGAAGUCCCCCACCGGGAGUGCCCAGCAGACAUCGCCCCCACCGUCACCACAGCCACUGCCCCCAUUCAAGUACCUUGGGAUUGGAGUCAGACUCAGGAUCUUGCUCCAGUUCAGAAUCCUCGGAAGAUGAUGGCUUCUUCCUCGGAGAACGAAUCCCUCUGCCCCCACACCUUACUAGGCCCUUUUCUGCUCAGGGAACCACACCUAAGACCCCGAAUUCUAUGUCUCCACAGCUCCCCCAGGAAUUGCCCCCAGGGAUGCCUCACCAAGCCAGAGAAAAGAACUGCAUCUUGGCUUGAAGGCAAGGCAGUCCUAGGGGUCUCUGACUCAGCGUAGGUGAUGAUCC